AUGUCGACAUCGGAUUCGCUGACGACAAGUUCGGUGGAUGAGCACGAAAUGCACGAUUACGUGUUUCGUAUCGCUCCAAUUUCGGUACCAACUCUCGACAAUAUGCAAAAAACGUAUAAUGUCGACGAGAUGGUUCUCGAUGAAAUCACAACGCCGUUGGAGUCACCAAAAAAGACAUCUGAAACGUGA